AUGAUGAUGAUGAUGAUGAUGAUGAUGAUGAUGAUGAUGAUGAUGAUGAUGAUGAUGAUGAUGAUGAUGAUGAUGAUGAUGAUGAUGAUGAUGAUGAUGAUGAUGAUGAUGAUGAUGAUGAUGAUAGAAGUAAUAAGAAGUAA